GAUGAGGUGUUUUCAGGCUUUUCUGUUCUAUUCCGCUUUUCAAAUUAGCAGAACUUUUACAUUGACAAAAACCCUUCAUAACGCACUAGAGGAAAGAAACUCAAGAGAUGGAGAACGAGUGGUUCCUUCCAAAAUCCUGAAUGUGAUUGACAGGUGGUCUCUGAGUGUGACGGCUCCGUCGACCAGAGAGAGAAAGAACACAGAACAAUAUUCAGAUGAGGGCUGGUAACCUGCCAGAAGUGUCCUCACAUUUAUCAGCAGCAGUGAGGAGAGGGGAGAGAUUCAUACGUGAGACCCGGUCGCCCUGUUUCAUCUUUAAUGGGCUCCCACAGACAGUCUCUCCCUCUCCCUUGAUUAAAUCGCUGCAGCAUAAUGAAGCAGAAGAGAGUCAGACGGAAACUCAGAACCCCUCUGUGUACCUGCUUCAUUGCAUUCGGACAGAUUUCCCUUUCCUUCCCUCCUUCUGGCGGACGCAUGCGGCUCCGUGUCGAGUCUGAGCGUCGCAGAGCCGAGAGAAAAGCAAACCCACUGCGGUCGUGGCAAAACAGCUGAGUGCUCCUGAGCCGUGGGGGCGAUCCCUCCAGAAGACAGAGAGACAAGAGAGCAGCUGCCUACAGCUAGGACGGUCCCCGGUGAGCGAGGAGGAAAGACGAGGAGAGGAAGAAGGAGGGAGGGGAACAAGGGGAGUGCGGGGUUGUUGGGAAGAGGAAGGAGGAAGGAGGAGGGAGGAGGAGGAAGGAGGUGGAAGGGUUUCUCUUUCUGUCUCCGUCUUCAGAGAGAGGGAAUAACGAGCGAGCGAGCAGCAGGACUGCUGAGUUCCAUCUUGAGUUUUUUUUAAUUUAUUUUUCAUUUUGUGUUAUUUCUUGGUUGUGUUAAAUGAGCGGUGGAUUAGCGGCUGCGUGCUGCCGUCGGUGUGCAGCAUGGAAUCCAAGUCUCUGUUCAGCCUGCACAGAGCCCUCGCUCAGCCCGUCAAGAUGUGCAUGUUCGAUUUCCCCGUCACAAUCCUGGACGACCUGAGCUCGACGCAGGAGAUCGGCGAGGAGGCCGAGGACGACGCCAUCUUCACCAUCACGCUGAGGAAGGUGCAGCUUCACCAGUCGGCCAGCAAGGGGCAGCGAUGGCUGGGCGUGGACACAGACUCGGCCCUGAGCCUCUACGAGACCUGCAAGGUGCGCACCAUCAAGGCCGGCACGCUGGAGAGGCUGGUGGAGUACAUGGUGUCGGCGUUCAGGGGCAAAGACUCCACCUACGUCACCAUCUUCCUCUGCACCUACCGCUCCUUCGCCUCCACCAAGCAGGUGCUGGAUCUCCUGCUCAACAGGUAUGCCAAGCUCCAGAACGUGCCUGCAGCCACAGCACACAGAGUCUCCCAGGACGACUGCACAGAGCGGAGAAACACUGUCUCCUCCAUCCUGGGCGCGUGGCUGGACCAGUACUCCGAGGACUUCUGGACUCCUCCCACCUACGACUGCCUGCACCAGCUGCUGUCCUACCUGCACCACCACUUCGCCGGCUCGGACCUGGAGCGCCGCGCCCGCAACCUGGUGGCCCACUUCCACCGCCGACAGCAGUGUGAGCCUGAUCCUGAUGGGGAUCACAUCGGCUGCCCGUUCGCCACGCAGGAGGAGAGCGGCUUCGAGGACGAGAUUCCUGCUUUCAGUUUCCUGUCCUUCGACCCCAUCAUGGUCGCAGAGCAGUUCACGCUAAUGGACGCGGACCUGUUUAAGAAGGUGGUGUCCUACCACUGUCUGGGCGGCAUCUGGUCUCAGCGGGAUAAGAAGGGGAAGGAGCACCUGGCUCCCACCAUCAGAGCCACCGUGGCCCAGUUCAACUCCGUCACUAACUGCGUCAUCACCACCUGCCUGAGCAACCCGACGCUGAAGCCCAACCAGAGAGCGCGGCUGCUGGAGCGGUGGAUAGACGUGGCUCGGGAGUGUCGGAUCCUGAAGAACUUCUCGUCGCUGCGUGCCAUCCUCUCCGCCCUGCAGUGCAACGCCAUCCACCGCCUGAAGAGGACCUGGGAGGAGGUGUCACGAGAAAGCUUCCGCACCUUCCGCGAGCUGUCGGAGAUCUUCUCAGACGACAACAACUACUCCCUCAGCCGAGAGCUGCUGGUGAAGGAGGGCACUUCUAAGUUUGCGACGUUGGAGAUCAACCCCAAACGAGCUCAGAGGAGACACCAGCAGCAGAGAGACCUGGGGGUGAUGCAGGGGACGAUUCCCUACCUGGGGACCUUUCUGACGGACCUGGUGAUGAUGGACACUGCCAUGAAGGACUACACUGAGGGUGGUCUCAUCAACUUUGAGAAGAGAAGAAAGGAGUUUGAGGUGAUCGCUCAGAUCAAGCUGCUUCAGUUGGCCUCCAACAACUACAGCUUCACUCAGGACAGCCACUUCAGAGAGUGGUUCGCAUGCGUGGAGAAGCUCAGCGAGGCCGAGAGCUACAACCUGUCCUGUGAGAUCGAGCCUCUGUCGGAGUCGGCCAGCAACACGCUCAGGGCCAAGAAGAACGGAGGAAUCAUGAAGCGCUGGAGCGACCGUCAGUUGACCGAGGCCGGCUGCAGCGGCGGCGCAGGCUCUCACUCCAAGUCCUUCGACCAGUCCCACUACAGACCGUACCAAGGAGGGGGGGGCGACAGCGGCGAUGCUCUCAGCGUCACCUCCGUCAGCUCCAGUGGUUCGGACCUGGAGGACGUGAACGCCAGCUUCUUGUCCGACUCCCCUGAGGGACACGAGAGGAAGGUGAGCGAAAAGGAGGCUGCAGUGAAGUUUACGUCGACUCCUUCGGUGAAACUCACCGUCUCCGCUCUGGGGAGAGAAGCUCCAGCAGCAGAAACUACGUCAACGUUCUGGGAGUGUACGUCUCUGUCGUCUCUGGAAACGUCGGGGAUGGGCUCCAGCUCCGGCUCGGCCUCCGGCUCCAGCAGCGCCUCCUCCUCCUCCGUCUCCUCCUCCACCCCGCUGUCGGCCAACCGCUCACACAAGCGCUCGGUGUCGGCCGUGUCCAACUACUCCACCCUGUCGCUGCCGCUCUACAACCAGCAGGUGGACGACUGCUGCAUCAUCAGGGUCAGUCUGGACGUGGAGAACGGCAACUUGUACAAGAGCAUCCUGGUCACGAGUCAAGACAAGACUCCGGCCGUCAUCAGGAAGGCGAUGAUCAAACACAACCUGGAGCGGGAGAAGUCCGAGGAGUACGAGCUGAUGCAGAAAAUCUCUGAGGACAAAGAGCUGCGGAUCCCGGACAACGCCAACGUUUUCUACGCCAUGAACUCCACUGCCAACUACGACUUUGUGCUGAAGAAGCGCGGCUUGGCUCGGCCGGUGCGAGCCAAGAACGUGGCCAGCUCGACGCUGCCUCGCAUGAAGCAGAAGGGACUGAAAAUCGCGAAGGGGAUCUUCUGAGGCGACGGGCGCAGCUUUCUGUCUCCCCCCUCACCCCCCCGAUCCCUCUCUGCUCGCCGCUCCUCAGAGGAAACAUUUGUGUUCCGCGUCUGCCGGAGGGAAACUCCCCCGAAGUGUCUGAGUUUCGGUUUUGGACAAAGACUUGAGAUCACCGAGGAGAGAAAACGACCAGGCCGCCUUUCUGCGGACGAGCAGAGGAAACGCCUUCACUCUGUGUGACCGCCGCCGCGUCCCCGGGACCCCCCGAGGAUUUGAAGGGAGCGGGGGGGCGCUCGGAGGACACGCCCACGCACAAGCUGUUUCUGACGUUUGUGGGGAAACCAGCAGCUGCGUUGGAGUCGUGUGCUGCCGCUCUGUGGCUCGACUCGUCGGACGCUCUAGUUUGCGUCGGCUCGUGGAGAAGCAGAUUCCUUUCAUUCAUUUCUGUUUACAUUUGUUUACAUUUUUAACAUCACCUGGUCAGCUCUUAAGAUUUUGUUUCCUCCCUUCGAGAGGAUUUUUUUGCACCUUCACUUAAACACUUUUUAAUCCCUCGACAGCCUUCACCCCGUGUUUCCCUCCGCGGUCGUCUAGUGCGCCCCCUCCUGGCCUGGAGUGUACAUAAAUGAACAAAACGAAGCCACGGCGGGAAAAUGCAGAUGUGUGUUUCAGCCGGGUGUUCGAAUGUGUUUCUAUUUUUUCAGGGACCUUUUAUCAUGAGUGUACCGCCGCCUUUUCCGUCCCGUCCCGUCCCGUCCCGUCCCCCCCCCCCCCCCGGUCCCUGAUGUGGACAGUGUCUCUUGGACGGCAGCACUGAACGUUUGUCCCUCGGACGCUGGGACUCACGUCGGCAUUUUCACACGAGCAGGAACCUGAGCUCUUGACCUCUGAACGCUGCCAUGUUACAAAAACAAAGAAAAGAAAAGACAGGUUGAGAUGGAGACAGUGUCAAAGUGCAGCCCAGUGGGCAGCAGCCAUGAAUCCCAUGUUUCUUUGUUUGUUUUUAAUGAAUCGUGACCACUACAGCGAGAAGGGAAGCGUCCUCGACUGGGACCGAUUCUGAGAGAAGAGCAAACGAGCUGAAAACAACAGAACGUACACACAGUGUAAAUAUCCAUUAACACCGACUGUGCAGUAUUUUCGUUUCAAAUGGACCGUGACAUUUUGUUUAUAGACUCGUUCACACGGUAUCAACACUCAUUGUACAUUUACAGUUUUGUGGCAUCUUGCUCUGGUGCUGCUGAUCAUCUUUCUGAAGAGGUCGCUGCUUCCUCUGCUUCCUGACCGCCGGCCGCCAUGUUGGAAGAAAUGUCUCCAAAACACACAAGUCAGCAAAUUGAUCCGAAUCCAUUUUAAUUCUUUUUUUGUCAUUUUUCAAGUAAAAAUUCUGAUAUUCAUUGUAUAGCAGAUGUGAGGAUUUUAUACUUUUCAGUUUCUUUCUGUUUUGUACGACAAAAGACAAAAAAAAUCUACAACAUGAGAUAAAGUCAAAAUGUUAAUAUUUUGAUUUACAAUCUCAUCGUUUUGAAAUAACUUUUAAUGUCAGAAAAAAACUGAAGAGUCUGUUUCAUUACUUUAAAGUCAUAAUAAAUAUAAUACAUAAAAUUAAUAAAGUAUUGAUAAUUGGGUUUUUUUGCUUGAAAAAUUAUCCAAACCAUUUCCAGACAACCAUUCAAAAUACUUGUUGAGUGAUUUGAGUGUAAGCGGCAGUGAAGGCCGGCCGACUGUGUUCACACUCGUACUCUAUAUGAGGUGAAUCCAACCUGAGCUGUAACAUCAUCAUCUACACAAGAUAUAUAUUACAGAAUGAAUAGAAACAUCUUCUAUCAGAUAAUAUUGUUGUAGCUCUUCCAACAUGGCGGCUCGUCCUUCAUAUUCACUCGUAACCACUUUCUAAAUGUGCCAUGACAGGCCUGUGUGUUUCAGACGCCCCAGACACGUCCUUCUGAUUUAUCCUCCAGGAGGUUUCACCGCGUGUCGGCUGUGGUGAGUCUCUCCUCUCUGGGCUCCGACCCUCAGCCGGUGAGGAGAAAAUUGGAUUUUGAUGAUUCGCGACUGUAGAAUGAGUCUAAAAUGCAGAGAAGCUCCUCAGAUGGUCGAGUUUCGAUGGAGACUUUGCGUCCGAGCCCAGAUUAACGUUGACGAUGCUUCCAAACUGCACACGAGGGAACAAACUCCCUCAGUUUGUCUGUGCUGCUCUCAAGCUGCUUCUCUUGAAGGAAAAAUCCAACCUGAAAACAUCUAAGCACUGUUUUAAAAAAUCAUCUGGGAUCUGCUUUCCAUUCAGAUUCAGAUAUGUUUCAUUCUCGUGGAUCAUUGUUGUUGUUGGGACUUGUUUUCUGUAUUUUAUCUGCUCGCACACAACAGUCAUUUAGGAAAAGAUCUGGUUUUUAAUAUGAUCAACUAAACCCCGACUCCUCUUAUUGGCUGUUCAGCUCCGCACAAACACACUGGGUGAGAACUUUGUCUGUUUUAUAAUGAUAAUGUUAAUAAUCAUGUUUAUUCGUUGAGCACUUUUCACACGGCCGAGGGAAACAAAGAAAGAUCUAAAUUAUUAUGAGAGCUGAAGGAUAAACAGAAGAAGUUACACAAAAUUAAAGCAAAACUCUAAUUGAACCAGGAUCGUCUCCUUGAUAAAAGUUUGUUGAAAUAAAGAAGAAUUUCAAAGACGUCACUCACUUCUUCUUGGAUUGAAAAGUAACUGAGGUUUAAUAUAAUAGAUGUGAGGAGGAACCAUGUGAGUUCAUGUUUGUAUUCAGACUCCAACUCCAUGUUAUUCAUAUUAAAUCCACAGCAACAUUUUCACAUCUCACCGAAUUCUGGGAAAUGUUGGAAAUUGCUAAUUAAGGGCAAAGUGGGUUCACACAAGAAAAACCAAAACAAAGGUUGGAUUUUUCCUGGUGACUUUUUUCAUUCCACAGCAACUCAGACAAAACACUCAACUCUGCCCGGAGUCCACCGGAGCCACAUUCUGCCUUUUUCUUUUUUUUCUUUUUUAUUGUUUUGCCUUCAUGAAGUUCAUAAUUCAUCAAACGAAUGAGGCACCCCCCCCCCCAAAAAAAAGACCCUGCAGAAGCAAUAUGGUGGUGAGCGGCGGCAGGAGGCACUUCUCUGUCACUGUGGAUGUUGUCGGUGAAAUCCUUCGCUGUUGAACACUGUGACCUUUGACCCUUUCACUCCGCCUGUUGAUUGGCGCGUCACGUCGAGCACUGUGAACAAACACAACUCCAUCUCAUUCUCCCGGUUAACGGUGUCGUGGUGAACUCAGUGACAGGCUCGGCUCUUCAUGUGCCAAAAAUAACAAGGAGAGAGAGAGAAGGUGGAUUUAACUGACGAGUCUUCUGCCUUUCACAGUGGAAAAAAAAAACAAGUUUGAAUGUUUAACUGUUGUUGCUUCUUCUUUGUUUUCUCCUCGCUGGACAAACUAAGAAAAAGGGGUUUGAACACUAUGAACAAUGUAACCGGGUCACGUUUCCCUUGUGGAGGAUUAGAGACGUCCAGAUAAACGUGAAGCAGAGAUGUUUGUCAGGAGCUGAAGGUGAAGCCGUCACAUUCAUGAACUCUUCAUGUCGGUGGUGUCUUCAUCCAUGAAGCAGUUUUUAUUCCAAACAAACGCUGCCAGGGGGUCGAUGGUGUCGAAGCUUCAUCGAGAAAGACUUGAUCCAAACUGUUAAACCUCUGGGAUGUUUAAUAUUUCCUCUAAAUGGUGCUCGAGACAGUUCUGCUUCUUUUGGUGGAUGUUUCAGGGAUAAAAAAAAACAAAAACUUUAUCUUCGAUUACUUCCCUCUGGAUGUUAUUCAGACAUUUGCAGUCCGGUUUUUAAGAGCUCCUCCUCUGACUGAAGACUAUCGGAGAGAAUUCGUACUUUUUCUACUUGAUGAGUUGAAACAGUGUCUCUCAACUGUCAACAAAUUCCAAAAAUGCGUCUCCACACAAACGCUCUUUUUCUAAACAACUGGACAUACUGGGAAUCAGAGGGGAAGUGUUAAUUCGUCAGGGACUAUUUUCAGUGGCAGAUAAACCCACAUUUGGUGUUUUAGUAAUAACAACAAUAAUAAUAAACUUGAUUUAUAUAGCAUUUGCAUAUAGAAAUAGAAGAAUGUCACAUAAUUUUGAUACUGAAAACAGAUCAAAUGAAUUAGGCUUUACAGGUUGGGGGGGGGGGGGUUAGUGGGUCUCUGUGUGUUCAAGGGUUAAAGAGGCGCCUGGACCAGAGUCCCUAUGUGAAGUAACGCAAAACGAGUAAAAAUAAACACAAAGACACACAAAGUGACUGAAGAGGGACACAACAUUUCUCUAAAGACUUUCAGAACGACAGCAAAGACAAGACAAGUUCCCUUUCGUACACAGCAGAGAUUGGUGGGGGGGGGGGGGGGGGGGGCAUUGUCCCAUAAUUGGUCCGUGCCAGCGAAUAUUUGGGGCAACAAAACUCUGUGUGUGUGUGUGGUGAUGAAGAACCAUGUGACCAUGUGACACAGUGUAGCUCGCUGACGUCUUUUUAAUUGUCACUGGAAACAAUGGAGAUACACACACACACACACACACACACACACACACUCACAUAUAACUAUUUCUAUAUAUAAUAUCUGUUGGUUUGACUUUACAUGAGAUCUGUUGAUAAUAAUGGGGAAAUCGGGCCUGACCAGUUUCUCCAACAUAACUUGGAGCCAGCAUCAGAUCUUUUUUUUCCCGGCCUGUUUGUUUGGAGCAAAACCUUUCCCCUGAUAAACCGAUGCUAUGGGGGGGGGGGGGGUCUGUGUGUCGUCUCGUGUUGACAUGACGUACCUUUUGUGAUUUGACCUGAUUCUGUGCGAGUUUGAACAAAAAAAAUUAAAAUAAAAAAAAGCUGUGUUAACAAGAAGAUGAUAAAAAAAAAAAAAAAGAAGUGGAAACCAGCCUGCGUGGUGUGUCUGACUUUAUUUCUCUUUUUGGGUUCUGUUCCCCUGAACUGUGCUCGGGUGCCAUUUUCCAUUUUAACAAAGGGUUUUGAACUUUUUCUAACUGCAGUCUCUUCUUUCAUUUACGUUUCCUAACUUUCCCAAGAAAACUAAACCUGUGGAGAAAAAAACAAACCUGUCCUUAAGUAUCCCUUUGUUUAUUUAUUGAUUUGUAUAUAGAGAUUUUUUUUGUUUUUUUUUGCAUUGUACAUUCUCUCCUUUCUUGGUUAUAGAUUAAUAUAUUCAUGUAUAUACGAAUAAACAUUAAGUUUCUGAAGGUAAAAAA